AUGAGCAAACUAGACCGUUACGAAAAUCGGCUCGUUACCAAUGCUGCCAAUGGUAGUUCAGGUCUUGAAAAGAGGCAAGAUGUGAGUGAAGAUGAUCCCAACGACAGCGAUGCAUCGCUCGAUGAGAUUUUGGAAGAGUUGGACUACAACGAUGACAACGAGUUUCUACAACAGUAUCGUGAGCAAAGACUGCAACAGAUAGCAACAGAAAUGCGUAAGAUCAAAGAUAACGUUGAGACCGAGCAUUACGGUCAAUUGAUUACAGUAGAUGACGAAAAUGAAGUUAUGAAGCUUACAACCAACACAGAUCAAGUGGUGAUUCAUUUUGGGCUGGAGAAUUUCCGCAAGUGUAAUGUGAUGGACUCUAAACUAUCGCAGCUUGCAUCAAAACACCUUUUGACCAAAUUUUUGCGUGUGAGUGUGGAUAAAUGUCCAUUUUUGGUCGCUAAACUACAGGUGCAGGUGCUGCCGUUUGUCGUGGCAUACAAGAAAGGUGUGGAGAGAGUCAGAAUAGUGGGGUUUUCGAGACUUGGAAAUCAGCCGGACGAUUUCGACGUGUCUGUAUUGGAAAAAGUGCUAUUUGACGCGGGCGUUUUGGCCAAAAGAGCUGGGGCCGGGAGUGGACACCAGGGCGGCUCAAAGUGGAACGAUUCAGAGGAUAAUGGGUCGGAUUUAGACAUUUGA